GCUCAUAGAUGUGUGAAUGGAGAUAGAGAAGAAUGAAGCUAUAUAAACCCCCAUGAAUCGUAGGGAGCUCUCUGUUCUGUUCGAAUUCAAGACAUUCUCUUUUCACAGAUCUAUUCUACCAUACUCUAUAAUUUCCCAGUCCCACCACUUUCAGCAUGCACGUGACUUCAUUCCUCACCUUCACCUUGGCCGCUGUUUACCCUGCGAUGGUAGCAGCCAAAUAUGAUAUCAAAUGUGAAACUAGUGGCGCCAGUCCCUGGACAGAAGAUGUCACUGCAGCCAUCAACCAGAUCAAGGGAAAGUCGGAUGGCCCCGGACAGAGCUGCGUAAACCACAAUGCAAUUGGAAGUGAUUGCACAACUAUUGCAAAACAUUACAGUGCUGGCCUUGCUACCUGUAACUCUCAAGGCGAUAUUAAGUGCAGUGAUGUUGCAGAUGUUGUCAACGCUCUGCAGCAAGAGUGCAAGGCUGAUGUGGAGGGCCAUGUACGUGUUGGGGGGACUGCAAAAUUUAAUGGAGUGGACAUUAGGGUCUUUCAUCAAUCAAUCAGUGGCUAGUGAUAAUAUACCACACAGGUAAAUUUCACUCUAUUUUAGUUACACAUUUGACAUAUUUUUCUCCUUCAAGCUAUGUAUUAUAGUAUACAUACAGUAAACAUGUGCAUCCACC